GGAGGCGUUUCCGUUGAGGCGCACAUCCGGGCGGAGCUUCCGGGUUCCUUUGUCCCUGGCGUCGCAGCCGGGCUCCUUCCCCCGCGCCCCCCUUCCCUACGGCUCAUCCUCGCCCUCAGCCGAAGAUGAGCUGCUUUGCUGCUGAAUAGGAAUUUGGGUGCCGCCGAAGGAACCCUGGUUGCUGCUUGCAGGGCUGGCUGGGUCUGGGGGAGUGAGAGCCACAGUGUUCCCCUUGCUGUGGAAAUCUGGCAGGAAAAGAACACUUCAAAAUGGCACAGUUCAAGCGUCAGAAGCAGCUGAGAGCCAGCAAUCUUCAGGGAGCCAGGUCGUUCUCAGGAACCCAACCAGCCUCUUUAUUGGGACCUGCACCUGGCCUCUUAAAUCCUCCCAUCUCAGCAGAGAUUAUUCAGGCGGCACGCCAUCUUCAGGGGGGAGAGAAACAACGAGUUUUUACUGGAAUAGUCACCAGCCUCCACGAUUACUUUGGAGUGGUGGAUGAUGAAGUUUUCUUCCAAUUAAGUGUUGUCAAAGGUCGGAUCCCACAGAUUGGUGAAAAGGUGCUGGUGAAAGCUGUCUACAACCCAAGCCAGUCAGUGCCCUGGAAUGCCUUGAAGGUCCAGACAUUGUCAAAUCAGCCUCUUCUGAAGCCCCCCACCCCUCUGCUCCAUGUGGCUUCUUUGGGGCAGAAGCAAGGCAUCCUGGGAGCCCAGCCACAGCUGCUGUUUCAGCCUCACCGUAUCCCACCUCUCUUUCCCCAGAAGCCAAUGAGCCUUUUCCAGACAUCUCCAUCGCUGCACUUGAGCCAUCUUGGCAGAUACACUGGUCGGGGUCCAAAGGGCAGGCAAGACUCAGGCAGAUGGGAUGACUUUGAUUCCAAGAAACGGAAGCAGAAAGGUAAUGAGCCAUGGGGAGUGAAAAAGCCACGACACGAACCACCCCAGUACCGAGUCCAGUUGGCCUGCUAUGCUGUGAACAGCCCCUUCUGUGAUGCCAUGGAAAUCCUGAGGCGUUACUGCAGUAUCCAGCUGCCCAAGGAGUUCUAUGAUGUGCGCCUCUGCUGGUUGGACACCUUCCCACUCACUCAGCCACUGACUCUCCGGCACCCCAGCCGCAUCCAGGUAGCCAGUGCUGCUGAAGAGGCACCUCAGGGUGAUGAAGGCACGACGCAGGAUGCUCAGCCAGAAGACGCCAACUCUGCAUACAGUGCCAAGGUUUUGCUGCUCUCUUCUCCGGGCAUCGAAGAAUUUUACCGCAAUUGUUUGCUAUACAUUGAAGAUCCCAGUGACCAGAGGGAGAGUCCUGAGCACCCAACAAAGAAAAUUAAGUUCUUGCUGGGAAAGAAAGCAGACGAAGCAGUGCUGAUUGGAGGGGAGUGGUCCCCAUCUCUGGAUGGUCCUGACCCAGCUGCAAACCCUAUGGCUCUGAUUCACACAGCCAUUCGUUGCACCAAAGCGCAGAUUGGUUUGGACUUGAGUGCUUGCACUAAGUGGUUCCGGUUUGCAGAGUUCAGAUACUUGCGUGAGGGAAACCCAUCUCAUCAGGAGAGGACAGUGGUCUUCUUGCCAGACAUUUGGAGCUGCAUGCCAUCUCUUGAAGAAUGGGAGGCCUCAUGCAAGCAGAAAGCAGAAAAAGCUGCUGCACCAUCAGAAGAGAAAGUGGAGAUGGAAGAGGAAACUGUACAGUCCUCUGAACAAGGCUCCAAGCAGGAGUCCAGUGAACAGGAGGUAGACUCAGCUGAACAUGUCCCUGAGCCAGCUCUUGAGACCUCAGCACCUGAGCCAGAGAUUCCAAUUCCUCCCCUGGAGCCUGCCAUUGUUGCUCACCUACAGCCGGCACUGCAGGGUGGCCAGCCCAGCUGCACCAACAUCUCCCUUUGCACCCUGCUGGAGUACAGGCGGCAGCGGGAGAAGCUCUCCUUUGAGGUGGCAGUGGUGGCAGAGUUCUUCCAGGAGAUGCUGCAACGGGAUUUUGGUUAUAAGCUCUACAAGGCAUUACUGGCCCUGCCAGAGAAGGAGUCGGUGGAGGCAAAGAACCCCGAGCAGGAGAAAGCAGCUGAAUCAGAAAAGGAGGGAGAGAAUGAGCUGAGAGAAGAGCCUCAAGAGAAUAUUGGGACAGAGGAAGCCCUGGAAAAUAGCCAGAAGGAUGUUCAGAAGGAGGAGGCUGGGGACACUGAGAAGAAGCCCUCAGGUCAGGAUGGGGCCAGUUCAGCCAAGGAGGAGGUCAGUGGGAAUGUCAAAGCGGAAUCAAAGGAUUCUACAGAUGAGCUGUGUGAGCUGAGCCUAGAGGAUGACUUGCUGCUGCUGAGAGAGGAGGAGGAGGAGGAUUUUGGUGUCAAGUUAGAAGAUGCUGAAGUGAGAUCAGUUGCAUCCAACCAAUCAGAGAUGGAGUUCUCCUCCCUUCAUGAUGUGCCCAGAGAGCUGGACCCAAGUGCUGUGCUGCCAUUGGAUGCCCUUCUUGCCUUCAUUUACUUUGACUUGAAUUUCUGCGGCUACCUGCACAGGAGGGAUAUGGAAAAGGUGCUUCUCACCUUGGGGCUGCAUCUCUGCAAAGAGCAGGUGAAGCGCCUGGUGAACAGGGUGGUGACGCAGUUCGUGUGCCGUUACCGCAGCCUACGCUACAGCCGACAGGAAGGGACUGAGCCAGGCCCUGAGGAGGAGACAUUAGGGAACCUCAAUCUACUGUCCUCAUCUAUCUCUGUGCCUGAGGUGCCUACCAAGCAUUCUCCAGAGUCCGGCAACCUGGUUUCAUACAAUGGGACUGUCCUUAAUGUAGGGAAACUGCUGGAAAAGGCAGAACAGACAGAAAACAGCCGACUCUAUCUAGAGAACAAAAUCCACACGUUGGAGCUCAAAUUGGAAGAGACCCAGGUUCGCUUCUCUACAACAGAGGCUUCCAACAAGGCCCUGACAUUGGAGGUUCAAGAGCUGCAGAAGCGCCUCACUGAGAUGGAGGAGCAGUGCAAGGGGAACGAGAGGCAAAAAUCCAGUUUCCAGAGGCUGCUGCUGGAGAAUAAGAAGCGCCUGAUUCCACUGCAGCUGGAAAUCCAGAAGAUAAUUGAGAAGACCAAUAAUUGCCUAGAAAAGAAGGAACCAGCACCCACAGCAGUUUCCAGCAACUGAGACUCCCCGGAGAAGCAGCUUGGCAGGGAAGAGCUGUACUUUGGUUUGAUAUUUUUGGGCUGUGGGUUAGCAGUUUGGGUAAGCCUUUGAAACCUUCAACCCUUUCACUGCCACGUGAGAGGCUGGAGCUGGAGUUCCUCCUAAGCCCACUCCGCCACCUCUGGCUUGUGUGUGUUGGCAGAAAGGCCACCUAGCCUAAUCAUGGCUGGGAUUCAGUUCAUAUGCUGGAGCCACCAUUAUUGUUUAAAGGAGUACCCAUUUAGUAGGAGUUUUGAUGGUCUAUUGUGUGAAGUGGAGAAGCUACCAUGCAGGUAUUCUCAAGCUGUCUGCCAGUAGAAAGUACUAGAAGGGAUUUUUUAAAGCCCAGUUCGGUAACGAACAACAGGGGCUGACUGCACCAAAGGACAGGGCAUGGCUGGCCUCUUUGUGCUGCAUGGAGAAUUUUUUUCUGUUCUCUUCAAGCCCUCCCUCCCUCCCUGCCUCACAGCUUUUGCUCAAGGAGGUGGUUCAGUGCUGCGUGCUGGCCAUUCUAAGGAAAACAAUGCCAUUUGGUUCCCUCUCUGGCAGUUUUGAGUCACUCGCUUGCAAGAUGUAGCUUUAAAGGCUCAGCAAUCUGCUGUGUUUUCGCCAGUCUUCAAAUGUAAGUGAAGUUAUCGGCCACCAGGUCUGGUCUUAGGCGGUAGGGUGGCUGCAGUGCAUUUAACUUCCAUUUUGGGGAAGUAGCAAUGGAAGGAGAGCUGUGAUAGGUAGCCCAUUGGGUCCCUGUGGUAGCCUUUAGCAGAGUAGUGGCAGGCCAGGCAGGUGGGGGGCUGUCCAAAGCCAGUUACUGUUGGUUGCAUCUGCUCUGGCCACCUGUUUCCCCACCCUCAGGUGGUCUGUCUCUUCUGGAUGUGUUGCUUUUAGUCUGUAAAUGUGGUAACAACUUGUAUUUAACUGGCCAGGUUCCCUUUUAUAAAAGUCUUUUCCUCAGUUAGAA